UCGCCCAGCGGUCUAGUACGAACGUAUACCGAACGCUUUGUAUAUCCUGCAGAAGGCGAAGGAAAUCCCUGAAACGAUAUUACAAGCCAAGUGCGCUUGAGUUCGUGUAUUUCCGGUUGAACAAACACAUAAGCGAAACAUAAAAGAAAGGCGAAAAAAAUAUACUUACAUAUUUUCCACAUGCCCCCAUACUUACGUCGAUAUAUAUAUAUAUACAUAUAUGUAGUACAUAAAUAGAGUAACCAGCCAGCACGAAAAGUGAAAAUACAUAGAGGCGAAGCAAGGCGAGAGCAUAUUUCAUAAGUUUGCACUCCGCACACAUAGAAAGUAGAAAGCAGCGACGAGAGCCAGAGAAAGCUGGCGACAAAGGCUAACGCACGACCUUUGGCACCGAGUUCAGAUCCUGCGGAGGAGUCAGCAGCAAAUCAAUAAAGACAAAGACUCCCAGCCAGAGCAACUGCAUCACCAGCCAACCCAGCUUCGCUUCCCGAGUCCAGCGACCAAAAUUCACUCGCAAAUUAUGCUGACCAUGUCGACCCUGAUGAUGCCAGCACCGACCAUAGCCAUGGGUGCCCCGCAGAUCACAAUGGGUCCGCACAAGCCGCCGGAAACGAAGCUGUUGGCCAUCCAUCCCGCUGCAGCGGCCGCAGCAGCCGCCCAGCAGCAGCAGCAGUCGGUGACAGCUGCUCAUUUGCAGCACAAUGGCCAACAGCAGCACUCGCAGCAGCAACAGCAACAGCAAAUGUCGCAACAGCAACAGCAGCAGCAGCAGCAGCUCGUGGGCAACAACUCCAAGCCAGAACAGUUUCACAUUUUUGUGGGCGAUCUGAGUGCCGAAAUCGAAACGCAACAGCUGAAAGAUGCAUUCACCCCAUUUGGAGAAAUAUCAGACUGCAGAGUUGUACGCGAUCCGCAGACGUUGAAAUCAAAGGGCUAUGGCUUUGUCAGCUUUGUCAAGAAAUCGGAGGCGGAAACCGCCAUCACUGCAAUGAAUGGCCAAUGGCUGGGCUCGCGCUCGAUACGCACAAAUUGGGCCACACGAAAGCCGCCGGCAACCAAGGCAGACAUGAACGCCAAGCCGCUGACCUUUGACGAGGUCUACAACCAGAGUAGCCCCACCAAUUGCACUGUCUACUGUGGCGGCAUCAACGGAGCCCUCUCUGGCUUCCUCAACGAGGAGAUUCUGCAGAAGACCUUUUCGCCGUAUGGCACAAUACAGGAGAUACGGGUCUUCAAGGACAAAGGAUACGCAUUCGUGCGUUUCUCCACCAAGGAGGCGGCCACCCACGCCAUCGUCGCCGUUAACAACACGGAGAUCAACCAGCAGCCGGUGAAGUGUGCAUGGGGCAAGGAGAGUGGUGACCCCAACCACAUGUCGGCCAUUGCCGGUGGAGCCUUGGCCCAGGGAUUCCCCUUCGGCUCGGCGGCAGCGGCGGCCGCAGCGGCUGCCUACGGACAGCAGGUGGCCGGAUACUGGUACCCGCCGGCACCCACAUAUCCGGCGGCAGCCCCCGCCAGUGCCCUUCAGCCCGGACAGUUCCUGCAGGGCAUGCAGGGAUUCACCUACGGUCAAUUCGCCGGCUACCAGCAGGCGGGAUACAUGGGAAUGGGCGUCCAGCUGCCCGGCACCUGGCAGAGUGUACCGCCCCAACCUCAGCUGGCCAGUGCAGCGGCAGCCACUGCGCCGCAGAUCACACAGAGCGUGGGCAGCGCAUUGCCACAGGCGGCCGGAGUGGUCGCAUAUCCGAUGCAGCAGUUCCAGGUCAGUCCACAGCUGGCGGAGGACGAGUGGCUGGCGCCCAGUCUGCUCGUGUAGCUGCCAUGAGGGAUGGCCAUGUAUCCCACACAGCAGCACCAGCAGCAGCAACAACAGCAGCAGCAGCAGCAGAUGCUGCAGCAGCAACAUGAGCAGCAGACGUCCGGCGAAUAUGUCAAGGAGCCGCCCUACCAAACGCAGCAGCUGCAGCAGCUGCAGCAUCACCAACUGCAGCAGCAGCAUUCACACAACCAGCAUCAGCAGCAGCAGCACUAUAUCCACCAACUGUACUAUCCAUCGCACUGGGUGCAGCAGCAACAGCAACAGCAGCAGCAGGUAGCAAACAACGAGCAGCAGCCGCAGCAACAGCAGCAACAACCACCAGUGGCUCAGGUUUAUGGCAUGUCCGAAGUGUAGAAAGGUGCAGCAUUACACGUAAACGAAAUCUUACCGUAGAUUAAGUAUACGCCAUGGCGACAGCAGCAACCACACAGGCCAGAAAGUGCAAUAGUCGAAAUCCAAAGUUGAUCUAAUCAAUGGUUCGAGGAAGUCACCUCUGUCAAAAAAUAUUAAUAAUGAUAACACGAGAAGAUCUAAAUGUAUUUUAGUAGGUAUAAACAUAUAGACAAGUAUGUAGGUAUGUAUAUACCAGAGUAAGAAUAGAGUGGGUGCUACUAAGAAAGUGGUUUUGAUUUACCAGGGCUUACGUUUCACAUAGCAAAAGAAAGUAUAACAAACCGAAAACUAAUAUUUAAGCGUAGACUAAGCAAACAAACAAAAGGUUAAGAGAAAUGUGUUUCGUUGACUGAGAACUCAUUUUAGAAAAUUUUCCCCAUCUUCUAUGAAAUUGACAGAACCGAUGAUUUUCAAAUAGAUUUCAUUCUGAUGAUCAUUUCACCGAUAUAUCGAUGUGCAUAGACCUAAGAAUUAGCAAGUAGUGAAGGGCCAUUCGACUUGGCCCACCAUAAGCAUCGAUCAGUUGAGUCACGACUAUGAGUGUUAUCCAGCAUUAUAUAGAGAAAUAUCAAAGUAAAUAUACUAACUGAGUUAAGCACCGACAACUAAACCGAACCCGAAAAUGAGAAACACACCAGAAAUCGAGUAGAUAAUUGCACUGAAAACAGAACGGAUCGAUUGAGCCAGAGAAUAUAUAUAUAUAUGUAGAUGGACCCAUGACUAGAUCAACUAUAUAUCCUAAACGAUACCCAUAGAAGAGGCUACUACACAUACACACAAACAAGCACACGCAUACGCAAGCACGCACACACUCACACGUAAGGAUCCUUAUUCAUGUAUCUGUGUUUGUGUAACGUGUAAAUGUAUUAAGGUAACCUAUAAGAAACUAAGGAAAUAGCGAAAUAUUUAGAAAAGGAUAUGAAAGAAAAACGUGUAGCAAAAGCAAAAUACAAAACGUAGUCAAUGUGUAGCUAAGAAUCGUAAGAAUAACUGUAACACUAUACACUAAAAUGUAAACCUAAACACAAUUAUUUAUGGUAUUUACAAAGGCAAAACGGCUAAAAAAAAAACGGAAAACGAAUGCGAAUACAAAUUGUAAACUAUUUUUUGCAUACCAAAGAAAACAAAAAUUGAGAAAAACUAAUUCAUAAUGCUAAAACGGAGAAAUCAAAAUUAGAAAUCUUUCAAUUGGAUAAUUGGAGUGGAGCCAAAAGAAGCGAGUCUAAUUUCUAUAAGUUGUGAUGAGAGCAAAUCGAUGUUACGGACAAAGGAAACUGAUUUAUUUUUUCAACUUGGCAUAACAUGUUUUUGAAAGCCAACGACAAACUGUGCAUCGACGAAUGCAUCACUUUACAUAUAUACAAAUCUAUAUAUAUACACCUAUAUAUAUACAUACACAUAUAUAUAUAUACAUAUAUAUAUAUAUACUAAAUGUUAUUUGAGCAGACAAGAAAACUGUGUGUCAGAGCAAGCUAUGCGUAAUUAUAAAUAUAUAAAUAAUGAAAAUAUAUGGAAAAACAAUGAAAAUUAAAUAAAAUUGUAGCUGAACGUAUGUUGGAAAUGUUGGAAAAUUAUGGUAAAAUUACGAAAUAAAUUUAAUGAAACGGAUGAAAAAAUCAGAAAUACUCUACGACAUAUACAUAAUAGCAUAAUUAUAUUUAAUUAUAUAAACAUAGUUAUGGUGUAAGCAAAAGAAAUAUAAAUAAAUGAUUUGUGUUGUAUGUACAUAUAAAAAUAUGAAAAAGGUAUAUCUAAAAAACAUAUAAUUAAAAACAAGAUAUAUGUGCGCAUAACAAAGGCAAACUAACUAAAAGGAAAUUGUAUUAAUAUUUGCAUAUACAUGUAAAAACAAACAAAACAAAAAACCAAAGCCGAGUGCAAACAACGCUGCAGGAGAGCAUCUGUUUUUGCAAAGGCCCAGCGCAGACAUAUGAUAGAUCAUUAAAUAGCGCCCAUCAGAUCCAAACAACCAACCCAGACACUCGCCUAUGUAAUUGCAUUUGUGACAGCAGCAGGAAAAUCGGAGAGCAGAAAAUAAACAAACAAACAAACAGUAUGAAAAAGAGAAUUAUUAAAAGUGUGCAAGCAAAAUGCCAUAAUUAUGUUAAGCGCCUAUCAAAAGCCUAUCCAAUUCAAUCAAACCGAACGAAGCCCCCGGAACAAACUCACAAAUACACAUUAAUGCCCACACCAACACCCACGCAAUCACACACACACCCACACACACACUUACGCACACUUGAGUGUGUGGCUGCAAACACGUUAAUAUAUGCAUAGAAAAAGGCGCUGCCAGCGAUUGCAGCCGAGCAAGAGAGAAAUAAUCAAAUAAAACGGAAAAAUGUUAAUCAAAAAACAG